GGCCGUCAUCUUAUUCGUAAAAGGAUGCCAAGGAUCUUCGAUAAGAAGCGAUCUUCUCGAAGGUGUCGUAUGGCAGGUCGAUGGAGGAAGUCCACGGGAAAUUUCACGGGUCCACUGUAAACACAAGUGACCUUGCAAUUUCUAAUUUGAACGGUGGAACGCAACCAAUUCCUGCUGUGCGGCCCAUCCUCAACCCUCCCUCACUUGGUCCCAGUAAUGUGAGCCCGUGACGCUGAUUUGUUGCUUGAGCGCCAUGGGAAAAGUGGCGCCAGAGGACGAAACGACAAGCUUGAGAAACUUCCGAAGGACCGAGUGAAGGAGGCACGCAGCGGCCUCUAAACUGUUGAAGGAAUUUACAUUUACGUAUUUUUCGCACACAGAAAGAGCUGCACAGCUUCGCGGACAAUUUGUCACAUACGGGUUCCGUCCCAGAGACUUUUCGUGCCAUGCUGUGGAAGGCGCAUACUCCACAGGUCCCAGAUCGGAUUUGUCACACUACUGUACAGUGGUGCUCGUUGGACCAGGCCAGAGGUGCUUUCCGUAGCCCUUUCUCGAUGCUUUGGAUUCGGCUUUGUCGAUUACUCGUCCACGUCGUCUUGCGUCAACACAUUGAAAGCAAAGAAGGCGCCAUCCCCAGGGCAAUAUUACUCGGCUUCCUGUCCCUACGCAAAUGCGAUUAUUCCUCGUCUUUUGCUUAUCCGUCACUCUCAAGCCGUCCCAGGUUUAUCGUGUCUCAUGCACAGCCACGUGGCAGUUCGUUUGACAAUUGCUCUCCCGCCGUCCUACUUUCCUACUCUUCUACUCUUCUGUCGAAGACUUGAUUCGAGUUUUAUUUCGGGUGUUAUUACAAGUGGGC